CAGUUCACUCUGUAAGAUCCUUCUCUAUUGAACCAGAGCAUCAUGGAUGUCCAGUGUGUUGGCUUCAUCUUCCUAGUCCAAUUGGCCAUCUCUUACCAGCAAGCACCCCCUGGACCCCUGAGUCCAGCCACCCUCAACCAAGCCGCUCAACAGCAUUACCUGCAGGCCAGUGCCUCGAACCCCACUCAAGACAUAUCUAAGGAGAAGAGAGGCCUCACCAAUGGAGUCGCUGAUUCUGUCCAUCAAGGGUCAAGCAGCGUGAUCUCAGUACCCAUCCACUUGGGCCGCCACUACCCAUUGGGUGUUCACCGUUCCCUAGGCGUUCACUUACCAGUUCCCGUGCGAGUAACCGUUCCUCGUUCCUACCCGUUAACAGUUCUUCUGGACCCUUCGGCAGCUGCCCUAGAAUACGCCCUGGGACUCUACAGCGGUCACUAUAGCAGUUCCUCAUCACUCGAUUACAAUACACUUCUCACUUACCUGGCUGCAGCUAGGGCUGCCUCGCACUUAAGUUCGCACUUGAGUGGUCACUUAAGUUCAUCUGCGGCUCAUAGUGAGCAUAGCGCCUUGGCUAACUAUGCUGCAUUGACUGCUGCAGCGGCUGCUAAAAUUGUUUAGAAGUUUCUAGAAUUAUUCUAGAUACUAUAAAUAAGUUUAUGAUCUAGAAUAAUAUACACCUGGAGCCACAUUUUAGUUGGUAGUCACUUGAGCAACUCUUCAACUUAUAUUAGCCUCAGUAUUUUUAUUUGUUGAGUAGCUUCUUAAAAUACUGCAGCUGGAACUAAAAUUGUUUGGAAGUUUCUAGAAUUCUAUAUUAUUCCAUGGUUUAUGAUCUUGAAAAUCAUUCACCUGGAACUGAAUUUGAGUAAUUUUUAAACUUUCAUUAACCUCAGCAUUUUUGUUAGUUAUGCUUUUUGAAAUUCAACAUUGUAUAGAAGAUUCUAGAGUUCGUCUGGUUGAAGUGCGAGUUGCAGUCAAUAGAAUCCAAAUUGCAUUGAUGAUCGCCAAUCUCCGUCGCGGAGACGGCAUAUAGGAGAAGAAGAAGAAGAAGAGUUCUGGAUUCUAUGAAUUAAAUGAUAAUUAUGUUCAUGUUUCAUGAACCAAAAAUUAUGUUCUGAACCAAUAAUUUUGGUUUCUAUUGUCGAUUGUUUAUUUCUAUUAUACAACUGUAAUAUUAUAGACUUUUAGAAACUUGAAGAUCUGAUAAUAAAGUUUUCUGAGAAA